AUGGUACAGAACCAUGGGUUACAGAUGAAGGAAGGUGCGAAGCUGACCGAUAGGGGGAGAUAUCAGAGGCUAGUUGGUAAGCUUAUCUAUCUAUCCCAUACACGACCUGAUAUUGCAUAUGCAGUUGGAGUAAUGAGUCAGUUUAUGCAUUCACCACAAGAAGAACAUUGGGAAGCUGUGCUAAGACUUGUCAGAUACUUGAAGGGAACAGCCGAGCAUGGGCUUGUAUUCGAGAAACAUGGUCACAUGGAAAUACACGGCUUUACUGAUGCAGAUUGGGCGGGAAAUCCAAAUGAUCGAAGGUCUACCGCUGGCUAUUUUACCUUUGUUGGAGGUAACCUUGUAACAUGGAGGAGUAAGAAGCAAAAGGUAGUUGCACUUUCUAGUGCAGAGGCGGAAUUUCGGGGAAUCAAGAGUGGAUUGACGGAAAUACUAUGGCUACGGAGACUUAUGACCGAAUUGGAUCUUCGAUCUGCGCUACCUUGUAGAUUGUUCUGUGACAACAAGGCGGCAAUCAGUAUUUCAGAAAACCCGGUACAACACGAUUGA